CGCCGUAUGAAUCAAUAAAUAAUGCCUCCUCUCCUCAAAAUAGCUUCACACUCAGACAAAUAUCACACUAACUUUAUUUCUCAACAUUUAUUUCCUUCCCUUUUUUAUGUCAUCCUCACUUUGAGACCUUCCAAGUGUGUGUCCUCCAGAGUCUUUUCAUCUAUGCUACAAUACAAAACAAAUCAAUAAUAAUAAUAUUAAGGUGAUUGUUCUAAAGCUCUCUCAAGUUUUGUAACAUAUUUAUUACUUUCUUUGUUGCUGCAUUUUGGUGUUUGGAGUUUGGAGAGAAGCAAAAUGGGAAGGACACCUUGUUGUGACAAGAUGGGGUUGAAGAAAGGUCCUUGGACUAGUGAAGAGGAUGAAGUUCUUGUUGGAUAUAUCAAGAAAAAUGGUGGCCAUGGAAGCUGGCGUUCUCUCCCUAAGUUAGCAGGCCUUCUUCGUUGCGGUAAGAGUUGCAGACUAAGAUGGACGAACUACCUGAGACCGGAUAUUAAACGCGGUCCCUUUAAGCCCGAGGAAGAAAAACUAGUCAUACAGCUUCAUGCCAUCCUUGGAAAUAGGUGGGCUGCAAUAGCUUCUCAGUUACCAGGAAGAACAGACAACGAGAUCAAGAAUUUAUGGAACACGCACUUAAAGAAACGUCUCAUAAGCAAGGGAAUCGAUCCACAAACUCAUGAACCAAUUUCCUCAUCACACUACUAUCCAAUUUCCAAAUCAAAUUCGUCUAUCGCCACACGCCACAUGGCUCAAUGGGAAAGUGCAAGACUUGAGGCAGAAGCAAGGCUCUCAAAGGACUCACCUUUAUUCAAUAACAACAACACUCCUUUAGCAAGCAACAAGUCUGAUUCUGACUAUUUCCUUAAGAUAUGGAACUCUGAUGUUGGACAAUCUUUUCGCGGGGUUCGUAAAUCAAACGAAGACGACGAUGAUGAUAAAACUAGGUGCAUAAGCUCAAUGUCUCAAGAAGGGUCAUCUUGUAAUAACAACAAAUGUGGAUCUGUAUCUGUUACUACUACUACUACUACAGCAACAGAUUUGGCCUCAUCAACUCCUGCAAGCAAUGUGAAGGAAGAUUUUGAAUGGAGAAACUACAAAUUAUUUAAUCAUGUAGGUUGUGAUGAUUCAUCAAGCUCUAAUGAUCUUGAAGACUCUUCUGACACUGCAUUGCAGCUUUUGUUGGAUUUUCCUUCUAACAAUGACAUGAGCUUCUUAGAAUGAAGCUUUUCUUUUAGGACACUUUUGUAUGAUGCUUUGGCUAGUUUUGUAGAAUCUAAGUAGUUUUUUCUAUGUAAGCAAGCCAUUGGAGAAGUAUGAGAAGAUUGAUCAUGUAGUAAUUUGUUUGGAUGGACAUGAUGAUGGCUAUAUUUUGUAUAAUACUUAUGACAUUGUUGAAUUUUAGGUUGUUAGGCUUAUGUCUCACAAUUAUGUACCAUGUCUACUAUACUCUAUAUUUGAUGGGACAGAAGAAUUUA